GUGCAUCGAGCUACAUUGUUCCGAGCACCUAACAUGCGAUGAAACUUGUAUUCGGUUUAGUUUUAUUUUCACGCCGAUUCAGGUACAGCAAAGAAGUAUAAUCAUAAGGAAACAGCAAUAACAUCUUAAAGUAGUGAACGCGUUUUUUGCAAGAUUCUACAGGUGCCUAAAAUGCAAAGCUUACGUGAGGCGUCGAAAAUUGUUUUUUUUUCUUCAAUUUCAGAUGUCUAAGUUCUUUGCUCGGAAGCGAAAGCCCGAAUUAGGCACAGCAGGCAAGCCAACUAAAAGUAAACUCCUGAAACCGAGCAGCAACAUUGGGAGCAAGAAAGUGAAGAAGAAGGAUUUUGAAGACGAGGUGGUGACUUCGGACAGCGACUUGGACGGAGGCUCACUUCCCCCGCCUGAAGACAACGAAGAGGAGGCUGAGAAUGAAGAAGAGACUAAUCAGCAGACAAAACUAAGACUUGCAAAAGCAUAUAUUGAGGAAGUGAAGGAAAAGGUUCGGCUGGGGUUGACCUCAGAUCGCAAACGACUACACGGGGACGAAUCGGGAGGUGAGAGCUCAGAUGACAAUUCCGACGAAGAAGCUCAAGUGGGGCUCGCAUUACGGAAAGAAAGUGCGCUCAAGUCAGGACAAUUGCAACAAGAAUAUUCUAGAAUCUUUACUGAGAACGAACCAAAAGAAGUGCAAAGAUUCACAGGACAUAAAAAUUCUGUUACAUGUGGCUGUUUAAGUGCAAAUGGCCUUGAAUUAUACACAGGAGCGAAAGAUUGUUCUAUCAUCAAGUGGUGCUUGGUUAAGGCAGAAAGAAUAUGGCGGAUCCAAGGGCAAAAAAAGAAAGCAAAAGACAGAGUUUGUCAUAAAUAUCAAGUGAACAGUAUUGCUGUUUCUGACGAUUCAAAGUUUUUAGUUUCUGCAGGAAAUGACAAUGAAAUUUUCAUAUGGAAUCCUUUAAACGGAAGUUUGGUGACUAAGCUUAAAGGUCACCAAUCUAGUGUGAUCUCUUUGGCGUUCAAGCCGCAUAGUUAUCAGUUGUUCAGUACUUCUAAGGACAGAUUUGUGAAGAUUUGGCAGGUUGACGACGAAGUUUUGCUCGACAAUUUGUGCGGUCAUGAAAGUACAGUAAACUCAGUUCAUGUUUUCUACGAGAAUCCGGUAACAAGUGGAGGAAUUGACAAAACGAUACGACUUUGGAAAGUGGCAGAAAGUUCGCAACUUGUUUUUGUACAUUCAGAGUAUGUUGAUUGCGUUUUGUGUUUGAGUAGAGAAACUUUUGUGUCUGGAGAUUGCGCAGGUGCGCUUUGUAUCUGGUCGACCAAAAAGAAGAAGCCAAUUUUUAAACAGCUGGAUGCACAUUCGCCCAAGUGGGUUGCUAGCUUAGCUACUUUGCCUUCUUCUGAUAUUUUAGCAUCGGGCUCUUCUUGUGGAGCAGUUAAACUGUGGAAAGUUAUAAAAUACGUGAAACUGCAAUUGAUUCGAUCGGUUCCAGUGACAGGUUUCGUCAAUUUUAUUCUGUUUACCCCUGAUGCGACAAAGAUGAUUUUGGGUAUCUCAAAAGAAAAUAAACUGGGAAGGUUUGAAGUGAUUGAAAACUGUAAAAAAUCAGUUAUGGUGUAUCAAUUUACAGCUGCUGAGUAAGACUGUCAAUGAAUUGUGAAUUGAUCUUAUAAAAGGUAUAUAAAAUUUUAAGUUUUGUUCUUUG